AUGACCAAAGCGCAAGGUUUUUCUCAAUUCUUGAAAUGCGCCAAAUGUUUGACCAAAUUCAAAACCGAAGCUGAGUUCCAGGCUCACACAGCAUAUAACUGUGAAAUUGGCGACGAGUACUUCAAGUGCAAUGGGUGCCUGUUCAAAACAAAAAGUAAAGCUGGGAUAGUCAGUCACCAGCUAGGACACUCUCGGGAAGGCUUUGGGAAGAUUUUUUGCACGUAUUGUCGGAAAUAUACACUCUUCAAGAGUCAGAAAAACUUGAUGGUAAACGGACCUGAUGGGAUCAAAAUAAAGUGUCAGAACUGGAGAAAAGAAGAUAGACGAGAAAUUGAUGCGAAGACUCAAAAGAUGUUCAAUUCAUCUGAAAAACAAGCGAAGAAGCUUGCGAAUCAGCAACAGCCUGGAUCCAGGGAAAUCCCCCAUGCUGUCAUGAUUCCAUCAUCUCAUCAUCAUCAAGAGUACGAACUCCCUCCAGAGGCAUAUAGGUCUGGAUCAAGCUCAAACCAAUCGAUUCAAGACACUUCUCAAUUGUAUAAUUACAAGGAUCCAACUCACUAUCAGCAGUAUGGCUGGUUAUGA